AUGGAGGAAAUUUUUCGAAAUGGAAAUACAGAAAAAAUAACAAAUGACAAUAUCAGUACCAUAAAAAUGGUAAAAGAGGAUUGUCUUCUGGAUCAUAUGGAAAUUUCUAUUGUUGAAGCUGAAAAACGAGCAAAUGGAGCGCUCAAUUUAAAAGAAUUUUACACUGUCUACCUCAUUGAGACAAAAGUAACGGAUCCGAAUUUCGAAAACGCCCCAAUAAAAGUGAGUUCCUUGUGGCGUCGAUACACGGAAUUUGAAUUACUACGAGCUUACUUAGAAAUAUCCUAUCCCUAUGUGGUGCUGCCACCUUUACCUGAAAAGAAAGUUCUCUACGCUUGGCAAAAAGUAACAACCGAUACAUUUGAUCCCGAUUUUGUUGAUCGUCGACGAGCUGGUCUUGAGAAUUUUUUAUUGAGGGUAGCGUCGCAUCCAAUUUUGUCCUUUGACAAACAUUUAAUUAGUUUUCUUCAACAAAAAGAUGGUUGGAGGGAAAGUGUUAAAGAAACAGGUUAUUUACAAUUAGCCGAGACCAAAUUAAAAGCACUGAGUGUGGCAGUUAGAUUGAGAAAACCCGAUAAACGUUUCGAGACGAUAAAAAAUUAUGGAAUAGAAUUGCAGAAUAACGUGUGUAAUUUACUACGAGUUCGUUCAAGAUUAGCCGAAAAACAAUACAGUUUGUAUAAAUUACACGCCAAUUAUGGACGAGUAUUCAGCGAAUGGAGCGCGAUUGAAAAGGAAAUGGGUGACGGACUACAGAAAUCGGGUCACUAUUUGGAUUCGUUAGCAGCGACGAUUGACACGACACUCGAGGAAGAGGAACUGAUUGCGGAUCAAUUGAAAGAAUGGCUUUUUAGUGCUUCUGCUUUGCAACAAGUUGUGCGUCGAAGGGAAGCUAUGCAAUUAGCGACCGAUGAGACUCACGAUGUUUUACAUGCGAGUUAUGAUCAGAAAAAUAAAGCAAUUCAAGGCAAAUCGAGUCUUAUGUCACGGCUUUUUGGCUCAGUUGAUACGGAAGACGUCAGGGAGUUAAAAGUUGUUCAAUUGGAUCAAAGGAUCACGCAAAACGAAGAAGCAGUGAAGAAAGCUGAUGAAAAUUUGAUAUCGUUUUCGAAUAAGGCUUUAGAAGACAUUGAAAGAUUUCAACAACAAAAAGUUAUUGACUUAAAGGAAACUUUAGCAGCCUACUGUGUUCUACAAUUUAAACUGGCCAGAAAGAGUCUUCAGUCUUGGCAGCACAUCAAAGAGUGUCUCGAAGGAAUGCCAUAAACGACUGUAUUUAUACAAAUUCUAAAAGUACAAUUUUCCUAUAAUUAACUUAUUAAAUUAUGUUUAUUUUAUUGUGUCAUAUCUCUCUCUAUAAUAUAAACAAUAUACAUUCCAGCACUUGAAAAUUUUUAAGUGUCAAAUUUAAUAUUUGAGAUUAUGUUUUUAUUAUUAAAAAAUUAUAUAAUAAAAUUAAAAAAAAAAUAAUAGAAACUAUUGUAAAAAUGAAUCACAAUAUGUUAAUACGAUGAUAUAUAUAUAUUAUUUAAAACUCACUGCGUUGUUCACUAUUAUAUUAAUCAUCUAUUUAAUUCACUAUUAAUAUUUUACAUGUAUUUAAUAAUAUUGUUAAAUUAUUAUUAAUAUUAUUAUUAUUAUUAUUAUUAUUUUCAACUUCAGAGGCGAUAGCAAAAUGUUUUUCCAUAGAAAAUUUAAUAUUUAAAAAAAAGUGGCAAUAAUUAGAAAAUUCUAAAUGAAUCUUAAACGACAGUUAGAACAAACAUAUUUUUAUCUGUUAGAAAAAAGAAAAAUUUUCUUGUACUUUUGAAAUUAAAAAGAAAAAAACAGCGUUUUAAAAAA